AUGCCGUGGGUAAACGAGUUGCAGGCAGUCUACAACACCUUUGGAGAACACAGAAACGACUCGAGGUGCCCGACAGAAAUCGAAGAAUGGACUUGUCAACCAUACGAUUUGACCAAAGCCGACCUUGUCCGACCCACAGACGUCUGGCAUCUCCGAGCUCAUGACAUCAAAGCGGUCGUAUCGAUUGGUGACAGCAUCACUGCAGGAUUUGCCAUGGUCUCUGGUCGACCCCCAUUUGCCACCGUCUUGGAGUUCAGAGGCAAGGUGUUCUCUGGUGGAGGAGACAAGGGCGAGUACACGCUAGCCAACUUUUUGAAGACAUAUGGGACCUCCUUGCAAGGAAGUCCGUCAGGGGUGACUCUCCCUCUUGCCCAUGGCAAGGGCUUGAACACAGCUGUGAGUGGAGCCAUUGCCCAAACGCUCCCAUCACAGAUCGACCGACUGAAAUGGCAAUUCGGACUGGCAGGACCCUAUCGCAAGUACAAGGACGAAUGGAAACUGGCGACUGUCUUUGUGGGCGCCAACAACCUCUGUGCAGCCUGUACCGAUGGCGACAACUUGCCGGCAGUAGCAGAUCCUGAAGACUAUGCGGUGGCACUCAAGGAUGUGCUUAUUGAUCUGAGAGACUCGAUUGGACCUACAUUUGUCAACCUUGUCGGAAUCUUUGACGUCAGUUUGGUCUAUGAGCUCUCGCGCGGAUAUCCGUAUUGCGAGAUGUUGUUUGACAAGAUGCCGGUGCCCAUCUGCUCUUGUGCCAAUUCAAAUGAAGACAAUCGCAAAAAGGUGGGGGAUCUUGCGGAGCAAUACAAUGACGUGAUGAGAAGGGUUGCGAAGGAGGUCAACAAUGAAAGCGACAGCUCAUCCUAUGGCGUUGUGUUCCAACCAGGAUUGACAGAGUUCAAGGAUGGCUCAUCUCCCUAUGGCCAAGGCUACAUGAGCGGACUGGACUGCUUCCACCCAAACAGAUGCGCCAAUCAAGUCAUGGCGAUCUCAUUGUGGAAUAAUAUGUUCUCGAGUGCUGAUGGCAAGGAUAAGCCAAUGAAGCCCGAUGAUCUGGAGAUCUUUUGCCCUGGACCUACGGACUACCUCAAGUGA